UGCUGUCCGUUUGCGGCUGUGAUGGCAGCGGCGGUUGGGAGGAUUGUGUGCGAAGGUGUUGUCUCUCACACAGAGUGAGGCCUCGGCACAGCCGCUGUACAGGAUGGGUGGACAGCAAGAAGAAGAACCGAGUGUCCGCUUGUUCCGGGAGUACCUGCGAAUCAGAACCGUGCACCCUCAGCCACACUAUGAUGGUGCUAUUGAUUUCCUGGAAAGGUUGAGUGUGGAGCUAGACCUUCCGUGUAAGAAGAUUGAGGUUUGCCCAGGACGGACAAUUGUCAUCAUCACCUGGGAGGGAACGGACCCCAAGCUGAAAUCUAUUCUCCUCAACUCCCACACGGAUGUGGUACCAGUCUUUGAGGAGCACUGGAAACACGAUCCGUUUGCAGCAGUGAAGGACCAGCAGGGGAAUAUUUACGGCCGAGGCGCACAGGACAUGAAGUGUGUCACCAUUCAGUAUAUUGAAGCAAUUCGGAAGUUGAAAUCAGAAGGAAAACGAUUUCCUCGGACAAUUCACCUGUCAUUUAUUCCUGAUGAGGAAAUCGGGGGUCAGACUGGGAUGGCAACAUUUGUUAAGCAUGAGGAGUUCAGGGCAUUAAACAUCGGAUUCGGCCUCGAUGAAGGUUUGGCUAACCCUGGCGAUGCAUUCACGGUGUUCUAUGGUGAGAGGAGCGUGUGGUGGGUUACAGUCCGGUGCCAGGGGAGCCCAGGACAUGGGUCUCGCUUCAUAACGAACACUGCUGCAGAAAAACUGCGCAAAGUUCUCAAUUCAUUCCUGGACUUCAGAGAGAAAGAGAAGAAGAGACUGAAUCUGAGUGAGUGCCUAACUCUGGGAGAUGUCACCACUAUCAACCUGACUUUAUUACAAGGAGGCGUGGCCUAUAAUGUUGUCCCCAAAGAGCUGAUGGCCAGCUUUGAUAUCCGGAUUCCCCCUACUGUGGACCUUAAGGCAUUCGAAGAGCAAAUUCAGAAGUGGUGUCAGGAUGCAGGCGAUGGAGUUCAGUACGAGUUUCAGCAGAAAGGAAUGGAUCAGCAAGUUACAUCAAUUGAUAAGUCCAACCCAUGGUGGCAAACCUUCAGCAGUACCUGCCAGAAACUGGACAUGACCCUGCAGUGUGAGAUCUUCCCUGCUGCCACCGACAGUCGAUUCAUUCGUGCUAUGGGUUACCCGGCUAUCGGAUUCUCACCCAUGAACCAGACUCCUAUCCUGCUUCACGAUCACAAUGAGUUCCUGAACGAGAGAGUCUUCCUGACCGGGAUCGAGAUCUACCGCAGCCUGAUCCCCGCUCUCGCCACAGUUUCACCCCUGGAGGGGGAAGCCUGAGGGAGCAGGCCUCAAAAACUUGCCCCUCAUCCCCAACACCCCCCUCCCUUCUUAACAUCCCAUGCCUUCACUCUGUCCCCACACCCCCUUCAUCCUUUCCUCAGGCUUCCUCCCCUCUUUCUCCACACCACCUCCUGCACCCCUCCCCCAUACCCCAUCCCAUCACCCCCUCCUUUCUGCUGUUUUGAAUCUCUGACAGAUUUACCUCAUUUAUUGAAUGUUUUGAUAAUCACUCAGGCUUUCAAUAUAUCAUCAUCAGCCUUUCCAAUAUGACUGGAAAUUUGAUUAUCUUACUCUUUUUAUGCUUUAUAAUUGACUGGACUUUACUCAGAAAAGCUUUCUAGAUUUUUAAAAUAUUUUGCUCUAUCCAGGAGAGUUUUACAGAAAUAGUUCUUCCACCCAGCCUCACUCACUCACCCUGUCCUUUUUAAGUUGUUGCUGUGCUGAGACAUGAUCCUUCAGUACCUCAGCCCAAGACCUCCUGCGUGAAACAGCGAGUGUGGCUCGGUUAUUUGACUGGAGACAUCACAACAAUUGUCUGUUAACUGUGGCUGUGCUUCCCUGGCAGGGGUCACUAAGCAGUAGCGAUGUCCCUCUCCUGCUACCAUAGCAGUAUGGAAGAGAGUGUUGGAAUUCUCUUGUGGCACUCUCAACAGAUACAGUCACCAUAAUGAUAUUUCAACCUCUCCCUCCCCAACCACAACAUUAUCAGCUAUCAGAGUCAUGUUUUUAGGUCACACUUGAUUACAAAUUCAUCUCUGAAGCUGAAUCUCUGAGGUGAUGUGUAAGGAGACCAGACAAUAGAGAGAGAGCAGGAUUCCAAAAACUAGCUACAAGAUCAGGUCAGAAGUUAGGAAUCAUUUGGCGAGUAACUCAUCUCCUGACUCCCCAAAGAUUGUCCACCAUCUACAAGCCACAAGU